UUAUAAAUAUCAUGUAUCAAAUUCAAUACAUUCGCUUCGAUUAUUCAUCCGGAAUGUAUAAUUAAUUUAUUCUAAAGAAUGUAUAAUAGUUAAUACAUUUAAAAACAGUAAUAUGUUCUAGUUUCAUUGCGAGAAACAGCUGCUUCAAGAAUUGGAAUGUAAGAUCAAAAUGGAGGCAGUGCUAGAUAGAUCGAUACUGUUUCGUAAUGUCACGUAUUGUUGCUGAUUCUUUUGCUUGUCGCAUAUUAAAUAGAGCAUGGAAUGGAUGGAUCAUGUCCGCUACUCCUACCAUCCUUUGGGGAAAAAGGCAACUCUGAAAGGGAGACUGUAUAUUCGUCGCAAAAAGUGGGUCUAUAUAGACCAACUUCGGAUGCAAUUGAUUUAGGAUAUCAUACUUUAGACAACAAUGCCUGCCGCUCCACAUCAUCGACGGUUGCAAUAUCAAUUCCGAUCAGACAGCAAACUUUGCUCCAACAAAAGUGUGUCUAUGUUACGGAUUUUUGCCAGCUGGACGAUACCUUAUUAUUGAAGAUAUUCAGUUGGCUGGGUACCAGAGAUCUCUGUGCAAUUGCUCAAACUUGUAGACGUCUAUGGGAGAUAGCGUGGCAUCCGUCCCUUUGGAAAGAAGUAGUAGUACGCUAUCCCCAAAAUGCAACCAUUGCAUUGAAUGCAUUGACCAGACAAGGAUGUCAUACUUGCAUUCGUCGUCUUGUACUCGAAGGUGCUGUUGGUCUAGCUGGGAUUUUCGCCCAGUUACCGUUUUUAAGUUUAACUUCCUUAGUUUUACGACAUUCGCGACGGGUCACAGACACAAAUGUUGCUGCUAUUUUAGACAACUGUAUACAUUUGAAGGAAUUGGACUUGACGGGAUGCAUUGGCGUGACAAGAGCAUGUAGCCGAAUAACAACGUUGCAGUUGCAAUCGUUGGAUCUGAGCGAUUGCCACGGUUUAGAAGAUUCUGGCUUGGUGCUGACACUUUCUCGCAUGCCGCAUCUUGCUUGUUUGUAUUUACGACGUUGUGUGCGUAUAACCGAUGCCAGUCUCGUAGCUAUUGCUUCUUAUUGCGGCAGCCUAAGACAAUUGUCCGUCUCGGAUUGUAUAAAGAUCACGGAUUUUGGAGUACGCGAAUUAGCGGCACGACUUGGCCCCUCGUUGCGUUACUUCUCGGUGGGAAAAUGUGAUCGUGUAUCGGAUGCUGGUCUGUUCGUUGUUGCUAGGCAUUGUUACAAAUUGAGGUACUUGAAUGCUCGUGGCUGUGAAGCACUUAGCGACAGUGCUACGUUAGCUUUGGCGCGUGGUUGUCCACGGUUGAGGGCUCUUGAUAUAGGAAAGUGUGAUAUCGGUGAUGCAACUCUCGAAGCUCUAUCCACCGGAUGUCCAAAUUUAAAAAAAUUAUCAUUGUGUGGUUGCGAGCGCGUCACGGAUGCUGGAUUGGAAGCAUUAGCGUAUUACGUACGAGGAUUGAGGCAACUCAAUAUCGGUGAAUGUCCUAGGGUCACAUGGGUUGGAUAUCGAGCAGUGAAACGUUACUGCCGCAGAUGCAUCAUAGAACACACUAAUCCUGGCUUUUCAAGCUGAGUCUUCUAAAUCAUUUUUCGCUUACUAUAUUUACAAUCUAUUUAUUAACAACUCUUGGUUCGUCACUCAUCUAGAUGCUAAUUUGUAAAAAGACAACUACCCAGCAAUUGUGAAAAUAUAGAUACAUACAUACAUAUCAUAUACUAUGAGUCAUAUAGACGUAUAUGUAUAUGUGUAUACAUAUAUAUACAUAAUAUAUGUUUUAUAAUUUCCAAAUA